AGAAAAAAAGAAGACAGACCGACAGUUUGUUUUGAUUUUCUUCCGGGUUGGAAAUCUAGCCGCCAAAUUGAAGUGACCUAAUGUGCAUAUGUUAUUAAGAGUUACUAGAUAUCUCUAAUUUACUUAAUAACUCCAUGCAAGCGUCAUUCGUUUUAUUUUGGCAUUCACAUACGCGUAUCAAACAUUGUUCAAUCUUUGCUGACAACUUUCAAAACUACACUAGCUAGCUAAAGUUAGCUAGCUCACACGGAGGACACAAUGGAAGAAGCGAGAAAAGGUGUUUUGGGGCACUUGAACAUGUUGGAAAUGGAGGCGAACAACUUAGAAUUAAAGAAGCAGGAACUUCGGCAGAGAGGUCGCCAGGAAGAGCUGAAUGCAAACCUACAGGCACUCCUCAGUAAAAGAGACCAGUUAAAAGCUGAAAUAAAGGCAAACACGUCUCUCCAGAAGAUGAGAACUCUACUGGACCGAACAGGUUUUCCAUAUGAGAGGAAUGAGGAUGUUGAUAACCUGGAAGAUGGCUCAGAUAACUCACAACUUCUGCUGAUGAUGGCCAGACACACACAACUGAAGGACCUGCUUCAUGCUCACCAUCUUAUAGGUGGGUAUGAUGUCCUCCAGACUCGUAAAGGUAAAGGGGUGUGUGUCUCGUUGGCCACUGCGUACGAAGGCGUCUACCUUGAGACAUAUAACCUGGAGAUAGAUCUGGGGUCUGACCUGAGGAUCUACCGGCAUAACAUACCUCCGUUCAUCCCCUUGGAGAGGCUUGUUACGCAGGGCAACAUGCAGACAGACAUCAAGGAUUUCCUCGACACACUCAGCCAGUACCUCAAUGCCUACGCUGGCCGCAAGCAGCAGCUACACCUCACCAAGGAGAUCCAUAGCUCUGUUCAGGUGGUGGAAAGUAAUGCUCUCUGUACUAUACUGGUGCUGAUGUUCACUAUACCAGGAGAGAAGGCCGAGGCUACACUGUGUACCCUGCAGUAUGCUGACCACACGCAGCGCCUGCCCACCCGGGUCAACAUAGAGUCUGAAGACACUGCGCUGGUGAGUUCUCCACAAUGGAAGAAGAACAAAGCCCUACUCCUGGAGACUCCAUUACACACAGCAUUGGUGACCAUGAAGAAGACUGGCAGUAUCGCUUAGUCUGAUCACAGUAUGCUGUAAAUACGCUCAAGACUGAACAGUUGUUUAUGUCAAUGUAUUUCAUUUAUUUAACAUGUCAUUUUAUACUCAUUUCAUUGGCCCUCACGAUCUAUUAGUUGUCUGUUAUGAGUAUACGGAACAUUAGGAAGUAAUAUUGAGUUGCACGCCCCCUUUUGCCUUCAGAACAGCCUCAAUUUGUCGGGGCAAGGAGUCGAAAGCAUUCCACCCACAGGGAUGUUGGUCCAUGUUGACUCCAGUGCUUUCCACAGUUGUGUCAAUUUGGCUGGAUCUACUUUGGGUGGUAGACUGGUGCGCCUGGCACCUACUACCAUACCCCGUUCAAAGACA